GUCUCACUUUCUUACCAGUCUCACCUGCCUCAUCUGCCACAUUCCCCCUUUCCAUCUUGAAAACCUUCCCCAUUUUCCCGCCAUCCAUCAUGUACUACCAAGACAUGCUCAAGACCUGGCUGAAGGACCAUGAGCUCCAGACGCCACAGAUGAAGGAUGCGCCGGCCUUCUACCGCAACAUUGAGAAGCACCUGGACACUCUACGUGCCGACUUCAAGCUCUCCACCGCCAAGCCACGCUGGGAUGACAGCGUGGUCGACUGGGCCUCCAGCGACUUCCUCUCCCUUAACCGCACGGGACGCAUCCGCGAGGCCUAUGUCGAGGAGAUGUCCAAGCAUGGCGACAACUGGGACCUGAGCGCCGCAGGCUCGCGUCUUCAGUAUGGCAACUAUGACUACCUGAUUGAGGCGGAAAAGGAGAUUGCCGACUUCUUCGGGUCCGAGACAGCCUUCAUCGGCCACUCGGGCUUCCUGUGCAACGUUGGCAUCAUCGGCUCUGUCGCCCUGCCGGGCGAUUGCUACCUCUACGAUGAGCUGGUGCACGCGAGUACGCACGAGGGCAUGAAGCUCAGCCGCGCGUCUCACAAAGUGUCCUUUGCGCACAACAGUGUGAGCUCUCUCCGCGAAGCCCUCAUCAACUUGCGGGACACCGUCCCCGAGUUUGAGGCCGGGACCAAGUCGAUCCUGAUCCUUGUUGAGUCCAUCUACAGCAUGAACGGUGACGUAUGCCCACUCAAGGAGUUUGUUGCCACGGCCAAGGACAUCUUCCCCCUCGGCAACGCGCAGUUUGUCAUUGACGAGGCUCACUGUAUUGGAGUUCUGGGACCCGAAGGUAGAGGCCUGGUCUCCAUGCUUGGUCUGGAGAAGGAGAUUGCCAUCCGCGUCCACAUGUGCAGCAAAGGCAUGGCAUCGACGGGAGGCAUAAUCUUGUGCAACAAGACAAUCCGCGCCGUCAUCAUGAAUCAGAUGCGCUUCGCCGUCUACAGUGGCGCUCCGUCUUUCCCCAUGGUCGCUUCGAUCAAGGCUGGCAUCCAUCUGCUCAGAAGCGGAGCAACACAAAAGGAACAACAAGCCAUCCAAGACGUUGUCGGCUAUUUCUUCAAGACGCUGACCAACAACCCCGACUGGAAGCGUGCUGUCGAUGCUGGUCUCCUGUCGUGUCCCUUGGCUGAGGGUUGGGAUCAGCGCGAGUAUUACACGCACAUUGUGCCCAUCUGGACCAAGCCGCGCCACGAGCAGUACCUGUUCUUCCACAUGAUGGCCGACAACAUGAACGCCUACAGCUUCGCGUUCCCGGUCGUUCCCAAGGGGAAGAGCAGGGUCAGGAUGGUGUUCCACGCGCACAACACCAAGGCCGAUGUGGACAAGGUUGUCAACAACAUUGGCGACUGGGUCCGUGAGAUGCUGGACAUUGAGAAGGCUGAUGAGAAGGAAGCAUACGUGCCCCGCGUAGCCAGCCAGGUCUAUGCCAUGCAAGCUGCGGUGAAGGCUUAGUUCAGAACUCCAGAUACUAGACAGAUAGAAAAGGGGUCUAUGAUGGUCCACUGCGGAUAGAUAAAAUAGGAGAAAAGUAUGGUGGUUUUGUCAGUCCUAUAGGAAAUGACUGUAGUUGCGAGAAGUCUA